AUGAGUGUGGUGCUGCGGAACGUGCAGCGCGUCGUGCCUGUGCGCCGGGCUGCGCUCCGCCGGGCCGUCUGCGCCCUGCGCGCCGCCCUGGGCGCCUCCCGCUUCGACGUGGGGCUGGUUUGCGCUGGCAACGCAUUAAUGCAGCGCCUGAACGGCGACUACCGACACUGCCCGGAGCCCACCGAUGUCCUUUCUUUCCCGUUGCACCAAGUGGCGGCGGGGGAGCUGCCGCGGCCGCGCUGCCGCGACGAGUACAACCUGGGGGACAUCUUCCUGGGGGUGGAGUACAUCCACCAGCAGUGCCGCGAAACGGGAGAGGAUUUUGACGAUGUUCUGACGGUGACCGCAGCCCACGGAUUGUGCCAUUUGCUCGGCUACCGGCACGACACGAAACCCGAGUGGGAGCAAAUGUACCAGAAAGAAGCGCAAAUCCUGCAGGAGCUAAACCGCCUCGCAGGCUCCCGCCUGCGGCCCCUCACCGCUGGUCUCUUUUAAGAGACUGAGAGGAUCCGGAGCUCCGCCUGUGCCGCCCCGGACGUGGCGUG